CAGGCUUUACAAUAAAAAGCAAGCGUCUAAACUUUGUUGUGAAAUUGGGUAACACGUGAAAAUUUUGAUAGAUCAUAGAAAUGCCUAAAGAACGACUUAAAAAGAAGUCAAGGCAACAUGCUGAAGUGCAAAAACAAGGAAUCAAUUUUAACAAAGAAUUUGGCCAACAUAUUCUGAAAAAUCCUCUUGUGGUUAAUAGUAUGGUGGAGAAGGCAGCACUACGACCUACAGAUGUUGUUCUCGAGGUUGGACCUGGUACAGGAAAUAUGACUAUCAAACUUCUUGAGAAAGUGAAAAAGGUAAAUGCCUGUGAGAUCGAUCCAAGAUUAGUAGCUGAAUUACAGAAGAGAGUAAUGGGAACGCCAUAUCAGACCAAGUUACAUGUAUUAGUUGGUGAUGUUCUGAAAACAGAUCUGCCAUUCUUUGAUGUUUGUGUAGCUAAUCUACCGUAUCAGAUUUCCAUCACCUUUUGUGUUUAAAUUACUUCUCACAGGCCGUUCUUUAGGUGCGCUGUGUUGAUGUUUCAGCGAGAGUUUGCUCAGAGACUUGUAGCAAAACGUGACAAGCUGUACUGUAGAUUGUCUGUAAACACACAGCUGCUAGCCAGAGUGGAUCAUUUAAUGAAGGUUGGUAGGAACAAUUUCAGACCACCACCUAAAGUAGAGUCAAGUGUUGUUAGAAUAGAACCUAGAAACCCUCCACCUCCCAUCAACUUUCAGGAGUGGGAUGGUCUGGUACGAAUAUGCUUUUCAAGAAAAAAUAAAACCAUUGGUGCUUCUUUCAGAUUUUCAAAAGUAUUAGAAUUAUUAGAGAAGAAUUACAAAGUGCAUUGUUCCUUGAAAAGUAUUCCUGUUCCACCUGAUUUUGAUGUGAAAGCCAAAGUUACAGAUAUGUUAGAGAAAAGUGGAUAUGAAUUAAAACGAGCUAGAACAAUGGAUAUAGAUGACUUUUUAGGGUUGUUAAACUGUUUCAACUCGGAAGGCUUCCACUUCUCAUGAAAAGACAAAAUUGACAAUCUCUGCUGGGAAAAAAGAAAAACACUGUGAUAUGAAUGGCUAGAAAUUAUAUCCUCUUAAAUUUUCUUGAAAUUGGAAGUGGAAUGAUGCCAUAGUCAGUUACGAGGACUUUCUAGACUUGUACAAGUAAAAAUCUCAUCGAUGAAAUUCAAUCCAUGGGACCUCCAUGGCUGAGUGGCUAAUGUCACUGACUUCAAAUCAAUAUCAAUUGCCCGUCUCUGUUGUGGGUUCGAUACCAUACUUGUGGUGUAGAAUUCUUUCAUAUCCAGAAACUGUCCAGCUGGCUCAUUGGUGCUACCCAUUGCGCACAUGUGCCUGAAAUUAUGCUCCCGAGUGUCUUACUCUCUCAUAAACAGCUGUAAAGUCACCAUAUGACAUAUAAUUGCAUUUUUGUGACAUUUAAUCCAACGAAAACAAAAAACAAACACUCCUCAAUAAAAUGAAAUGAGUGCAUUAUAGAGGCACAAUGAUAUACACUUACUGAGAUGUUAACGAUGUCAUCUGCUAUAAAGUCUUUAAGGCCUUUUAGUUUCUCUACAUUACUGAAAUUCUGUUGACAACAUAUUAAUACAUGGAGUUUUCAUAUCAAGAUAUAAUAUCCUGGAACACUGGUUAGUUUAACUGCCAGUCUUUACAUAAACUGAAGUACUGUUGAAAAAUGGCACAAAACCAGAAACAAAAGGUAUUCUCUUUGCUGGAAUGAAAUAAAAUUCUCAGUGUAAAUCACUUAUGUUGAUAAAAUUUGAUAGUUUUAUUAGAUGAAUUACUACUAUGCAGAAGGCUGACUAGUAUUUUAAACAUUUGACUUAAUAAGUGUGUAUGAAAAUCCGAAAUUUUCCAUCUUUUAUCAGGGUUCAAAUUUGGACAAGCAUACAAGCUAAAUGCUAGUGGAAUUUGAGAAUAGCUAGUGGGCUUGGAAUGUACUAGCUAAUUUCAGCUAGUCAAUAAUAUACCAAGCAAAUGUCUUCAAAGCUGUAAUAAAGUUUGUUCUGCAGGUAUACAUUUUUCUGCAUGAAAGGAAUGUUAUAGUUUAUGUUUAUAAAUGAUAUUUCAUUGUUCAACAAAACUCUGAUAUAAUGCAUGAUUGCAGCUUGCAUUAAGUUAACAUGGAAGACUAACUUGUAAGCGGAUAAAAAUGGCACUAGCUAUUUUAAGCCAGUAGAAUUUUUUUUUGUGAUUGGCUACUUACAGAGAUUAAUCAGUAGGUUUUGGCCAGUAAAAUAUUAAUAAAGUAAUUAAAUAUUAUUGUUUAACAUUAGCUAGUCUUUUCAUUUUAGCUAGUGAACAGAAAGGGCACUAGCUACUUUUAGCUAGUAGAAAAUGUUGCUAAAUUUGACCCCUGCUUUUAUAUGUUUUGAACACUUAGGUUUCAAGUUAAGUGGAGACUAUUUAUCAGAACUUGUUAUAAUUACACAACAAUGUAUAAGCGGAAUGUUUCUGCAAUCGAGGUUAUUGUUACUACUACUAAAGUUUUAUUCAAAAGCAUCUCUUACAGUAGAAUUAUUUUAGAUUUUUAUCGUUUAAAUGAAUUUUCAAACUAAUUUUGAACUGUUUGUGGUAAAAAUUUGGUCACUGUUUCUAAAAAUUAGAAGUUGAAUUUCUGUUCCAUUACUCAGUUACAUGUUAGAUAUUUAUGUGAAAAUUAGUGUUCAUGUGCACAUGGCUGAAAUUAGGAAUGACAGAUCUUUUGGACACUUUACAGUCAAGUUCAGUGUCACUUAAACUUUGAUUUCCCAUUUCAACCAAGCCUUGUGCUCAGUAAAUUGAAUAACAGUGCAUGUGUUUCAGUAAAACUUGAAAUGAAUAACACCAAUUAAUAAGUUUGAAUUGUUUAGAAUAAAAGGUAAAAGAUACUAAUAUAA